GUUCCCCUGUGAUUGCAGAAACCCCUUUUCAUUUUGUAUCAGAUCAGCAUCUCAUAAUGGACCAAGACAAAGUCCAUGGGAAGGGCUUUGUGCCACUUCCUCUAGUUUUCCUCGUCAUUUUUGGAUCGUACAUCACUUGGUACAUUGUACACAUUGUUAUCUUCGAUCCUUUGUCCCGCUUUCCCGGGCCUGUCUGGAGCAAAUUCACCCGUAUUCCAUACUGGGUUGCCAGCCUCACAGGUCAAGAAAUCUACUUCAUGCACAGGCUGCAUGACAAAUAUGGCAGCGUAGUGAGGAUGAGUCCGACUGAGCUUAGCUACAUAGAUGCCCAAGCAUGGAAAGACAUCUAUGGGUAUCAAAAGGGCAGGGCUGAGAACCUCAAGGCUCCUGGAUUUCACAUGAUGGUAGUCGGAACGGCUGAACACACUCGAGUGCGUCGUAUCUUCUCACCAGGCUUCUCCAUUCGCGCCUUGAAACAGCAGGAGCCUUUACUUCGUAAAUACAAUGAUCUUCUCAUGUCCAAACUCCACGCCCACGAAUUUCAGGUAAUGAAUAUCUCGAAAAUGUUCAACCUGGCAACUUUCGACAUCAUGGCUGAGCUUAGUUUUGGGGAACCCCUGGGCCUCCUCGAACAGAGCAAGUAUACAGCGUGGGUCCAGAACAUCAUGGAUUCCAUCAAAACGCUUCCGAUCCUCCAAAUGAUCAAGUUCUACCCUUUGUUGAAUACCUUCUUCGAGUAUAUCGAGCCGAGGUUCAUAAAGGAAGCCAGAAUCGCGAAUUUCAGAUACUCUGCUGAUCGAGUAGACAAGCGUCUAGAAAGGGGUUCAAGCCAGCCGGACCUUUGGAACCUUGUAGAGUUUGCGGCAGACGAUGAGAAACUCAGCUUAGAAGAGAUGCAUGCCAACGCUUUGGAUUUCAUGGUUGCAGGGUCUGAAACUACGGCUACACUUCUCUCGGCACUGGUAUAUCUACUUCUCACCAAUCCCGAUAAGUUGAAUAUCUUGAUGAGGGAAGUUCGUGGCCAGUCAGCCGACACCGAAAGCCUCACAAUUGAAGUUCUCGCUGGUUUUGGGUAUCUCAACGCAUGCAUCCAGGAGGCACUCAGAAUAUACCCACCAGUUCCUUUAGGAAUUCCUCGAGCCAUCUCAUCCAACCCCGAUCGAGGACAGAUUGUCUGUGGCUGCUGGGUUCCCUCUGGCACACGUGUGUCCGUCCACCCCUAUGCAGCUUACCACUCCUCUGCAAACUUCAAGAACCCUGAGCUCUUCGCGCCGGAGCGAUGGCUCGGCGAUGAUACUUAUAAGGACGACAAGCGUGACGUGCUGCAGCCAUUCUCGUUCGGCCCGAGAAAUUGCAUCGGUCAGAACUUGGCUUGGCACCAGAUGAGACUCAUAGCAGCGACGUUACUUUCCAAGUUCGACCUGGAGCUGUGUGAGGAAAGUCGUGAAUGGAUAUAUAGCAAGGUCUAUACAAUGUGGGAGAAGACUCCGUUGAAGGUUCGGAUGCGAGCAGUUGAGAAGAAUUGAACGGCAAUGGCAAACUGUUUGAGAGGUUGAAGAAGCAAGCAUACUUUGUUUUCGGAACUUGACAAUGUUUGUUAUACCAUGUGAGACCGGGAACAGCAUCGUGUCUUCUCAGCUAGCUAUUUCUUAUUUUUGGUUUCUCACGAGUUCGUCAGUUCUCAUAUCUCAUGUCAGAUAUGGACGGACGCAGAGGAAUCAAAGAACGCAAUACAGCAAACUCAUUCUGCGUGAUAACCAAAACCCGGACAUUCCCCUUGGUCCAUUCAAAUUGGACCCUACCAUUUUAGUGUCUAGCUUGCACGCGAGCAUAGACCUCUCGCACGUCUGGCUUGGGAGGGUUCAGAAGUGGGACGGAUUCGAUGCCCCCCGGCCGUGGUCCAAUAUCCUUCCUCUUCAUCAGAUCCUUCUCAGACUCCCCCCUCUCCAGGCGCUGAAUCAGGUCUUCUGGGUCAAAGUCCACACCCAGUGGAUUCAAUUUGAACUCUUCCGAUGCCAUGAAUAAAUUAGCCUCCUCGGUGGUCUCGAAAGCAUCCACUUGCGUCUCGAUCUGGUUGCCGUCCGGAUCCUGGUAGUAGAUGCUCACGGUGGGCCCGUGGUUGGUGGACCAGAGAGGGGAGAUGCCGAGUGAGUUUCUCU